AUUGCGGCGGAGAGAAGCACAUUGUGAGUGAGGGGGAGAUGGUUGUUGGAGAGGAGACAGAGGAUGAUGGGGAUGGAGCUUAUUGGAUCUUCAGAGAAAAAGCAGAGAAAAUCACCUGUAAACUGGAAAUGGUUGCAGAAACCAUUGCCAAAAUCCUGUCACAAUAUGUCAAAAUCCAAAGCCACUCUGCAAAGAUUCAAAAGAUGCAUUCUGUUAUAUCCCUUAGAAAGUAUGAUAAUUCUAACCAGCUGAGUGGAUAUGCAACAAAGCAUUAUGACUCUACUCUGAGCCUUCACAUUACCGGAGAUGAUCACAAGUUCCGAAUUCGUUCUCCUGACUCCAAUUGCUUCACUCUUCCCACUGGCUUCAUACUUUUCACUGUUGGUAAACAUUUUGAGGAAAUUUCUGAUGGGGAAUUGAAGUGUUUUAAUGGUGAAAUAUUUGUUGAUCCAAGUGAUGACUCGCUGACUCCUUUAUCCCUCGAGUUCAUGUACACUUUGCCAGUCCUAAAUCAUGUGCCAAGCCAUAGUUUGUCAAAGGCUGCGUCGAUAAUGGACCAGCUAUUGGUUCUUCUGGUUCUUGUAUUUUUGUACAAUUUGUGCAGUUAGUUUCUUUGUAUAAUGUCUUGAGAGAUUUCAAGGGCUGUACAUAGAAACGGGGGUCUGAACAAGGCCCAAGCAUAAGCCAUGAGGAUUGGCUUAUGCAUCUCGUCGACCCGAAUUAUGUUUCAAGGUGUGAUUCAUAGGGAGUGGUUUGAAUGCGUCUGAGUGCUCGCAGGGCAUGGAGUUGUGUGGAUUGUUUUUGUCAUUCCAUUCGGAGAAAGGAGUGGAAGAAUAAGCUGUGGUGCUGGAAUUUGAUUUUUAUUUUUAUUUAUUGAGUGAUUCUUCUCGAAGUUUAUUUUUGGAUUGUGAGUGUAUAGUUGUUCACCGUGUGAACUCGAUCUGGGUUUGUUUUGAAAUUGAGUGUAUAAUUCUUCAAUGUUGGGUGAGAGUGGGUUCAUGCACAUUGGUUAUUCUAAUAUGAAAAGAAUAUGCAUGUAUAGAAGACAUAUGUACAGAUAAAGAUGUAAUAUAGCAGUAUGUAGUGUUUUGUAUAUCCUAAUGUCA